CUUUUCCAUGUUCUGCUGCUAUCUGCUGUGUAACAUGUUUGCUCUCCUUUUGCUGUACUUACUACAUGCAGGAUUUGGAACACCUGGUAAAUUGACCAAGAAAUCUCUCCAGGACUACAUUACCGUUGACUGGAAACUCUUGUAGAACAGCAAGGAAGAAUCUGAAACCAUUCAAGAGUAGAGAUGAUCUUCAAGCAGUUACCACUUGAGGCAAAAGUUGCAACUGUUGCUGGAAUAGUCUUCUUCUCCAUGAUAGUGUCACGGACAUAUUUGAUUGAAAGGAUUGAAAUCAAAAGAUUUAGGUGGCUGCUCAAAUUGCAGACGGUAUUAUUUGCUAAUGCCCUGAUGCUCAUAGGAUCCCUUCACAUAUGGAGAAGCACGGUGAAUGUGUUCUACAGAUCACUAGCUGCCAACUCAUUCUGUUUCAUCUUAUGGAAAAUAUCUGUGUUGAUGUUCCUCAUUUUGGCACACUCAAGCUUUUUUACUGCACUGUUUCUUGUCGCAGAGGAGCCUUAUUACUUUUCUUUAGCUGCCUACACCUGUCUUGGAGGCUACAUCAUCCUUAUUUUCUUCCUUUUUGCCCUAGGUUCUCUGGAGCAAGGUUAUAAACUCUUGGUUCAAAGGAAUACAAAUAUGAGAGAAAUCAAUAAAAAUGGCAAACUGGCAAUGAAGCCAGCUCUAGCAGUUAUGGUGACAGUUGUAUUGACUAUUCUUGGGCACCUCAAUGCUUCCCAGCCUCCUGCAGUGAAGUCAGUAGCAAUUCCUGUUCACAAACUGCCAGUUUCUAUGAAUAACCUGAAGAUAGUAUUACUUUCUGAUAUUCAUCUAGGACCCACUGUUGGGAAGACCAAACUCAAAAUGAUUGUAGAAAUGGUUAAAGCUUUAAAACCAGAUAUCACAGUGAUUGUUGGCGAUCUGAUUGAUUCUGACGUGAAAGACCUUGGGCCUGCUGUGGAACCUCUUGGUGAUCUUGACUCCCGACUGGGGACUUAUUUUGUCACAGGGAACCACGAGUACUAUACUUCUGAUGUUAACAGUUGGUUUGAACUGCUGAAUUCACUCAACAUUCACCCCCUCCACAAUGAGAACACGAAGAUCGUGUCCCCUAAGGGUAGAGAUAUGGAUUGGUUUUGUCUAGCAGGGGUGGAUGAUAUUGAGGCUAACAUGUUGCGUUACUCUGGACAUGGCAUGGAUUUAAAAAAGGCAUUAGAAGACUGUAGCACUGAUCAUGCAAUAGUCCUUCUUGCCCAUCAGCCACUUGCUGCAAAAUGGGCUCUCCAAGCUAGGCCAGAUAUAAAUUUGGUCUUGUCUGGGCACACUCACGGAGGGCAGAUAUUUCCUCUGAAUAUUGGUGCCUAUUUCUUGAAUCCGUUCUUUGUUGGUUUGUAUAAAGUUGGACAGAGCACUUUUGUGUAUGUCAGCCUGGGAACCAUGUACUAUGGAAUACCAAUGAGACUGGGAAGUAGAGCAGAAAUAACAGAGAUCAUUCUGCAUUCUCCCUCAAUAUAACAGCUUUGGGAAUUAUUUGUCUUCAGCCUGUAAAGUGCAUCAUUGGGUGCACAAAGUCCAUUCAUUGUAUAACCCCACAGAUUUUUCUGGAAUGCUGCUAGACAAAUUCUUAGUUCUGCAAGUUAUGGUGUCUCCUUAUUUUUUAAAUAGAAAAAUGUUAUUACUUCUAUUACUGAGUGCCUGUCUGUAACAUGUCUAGGAUUUCUGAAGGCCUUGCAUAAGUACAAAUUUGUGUAUUUUGGGGUGGAUACCACUCCUAAAAUUCUAAAAGGAAACAUUGAUGUUGCCAAUGUAGAGGAUAAUUGCUGAAGCCUAUUAAUAGCUUAUGUUCCAUCCUCUCAAAAGUGUGAUGGAGUUGUGCCUCUGUGCAUUGCUUGCAUGUAUAUAUCCCACCUCAGCUUUAGGGCCUCCACUCUAGGUCAGAUCAGUGCUCUGUCUUCUAGCCCAAUACACCAUCUUUUGUAGUAGCUGACAUGAAUUUUAUCAGAAGCCUAGCAUGCUUUGUGAAACUUAAUUUUUUAGAUUGAUGCAGGCUUUUCCAGAAAGGACUAUGUGAAGAAAACAGGGUUUUUGUUUAGUUUAGUUAGGGCUGUUUAUGUGUACUAAAAGCAUAGUGCCCAUUAAAACUGUACUUGAAAUCUAGGCUUAAAAUAGAGAAUGGAAAAAAGCUUUCAG